CUCCACGAGACAUUAUGGCAUGCUUGAGGGGAGCACGAAAAGGGGCAAACUUUUUGGCCUUUGACGUCGCCAAGUUUUCUCCAUAAAAUGACCCUUCGUUUUCUUUUCUAGCAAGGUUUUUGGUGCCUCACCUCCUUGACAUUGUCCAACAUCACCACUAGGUACGGCAAUCAGCAGCAUCGCCUGCUUGGAGGGCACCGCCGCCGGCACUAUGUCCGAAGACCUGGAGUCCAGCUUGCUGAGUUCCCAGCCUUCAUCUCCUUCUUCUCCUUCAUCUUCCUCACAAGCGUCUUUCUCAUCUGUAUCGGAUGACUUGGAGGAGUAUGCUCGUCUUUGCCAGGACGAAAAGCACGAGGGACUGCAGAUCCAGGCUUUCGAAAUAGAGGAUGAUAUAUCUCUCGUAGAUACCAUCAUCGCACCUCCCCCCUCACCGCCUUGGCUGAGAUAUCCUAAAAAGCUUGCCUUGGCCUUGGUCCCGAGUUUCUUGCACCCAGUGGACCCCGAUGCGAUACCAAAGCCCCUUCACCCAUCAGCUUGGCUCGAUGGACUUCGAGGCCUCGCAGCAUUCUUCGUCGUCUGCCACCACUGGUCCCUCGUCUCGCUGCCCAUCGAGGUCCGCCGCGGCUUCAUGAGCGAUGACACUCCUCUCCUUCUCCAGAUACCGAUCCUUCGCUUGGCACUUUCUGGACUAUCCAAUGUCUGCGUGUUCUUCGUCAUCUCGGGAUACGCCUUGAGUUACAAGCCCAUGAAGCUCAUCAAACAGAAAAAGGCAGGUGAAUUCGCAAUCGCCACUGCUUCUUCCGCUUUUCGCCGGUAUAUCCGCCUCUUCCUCCCGACAAUGAUCACGUCCCUCGCCGUCGCCGGCAUGGCAUACUUCAAACUCUUCGAGCUUGAGCCCAUUCCCGGGCCAGCCGUCCCCGGGUUCAGACCACCAGCGUUGGACACAGUUUGGGAUCAAGUGAGGGGAUGGUGGAUGCACUUCUCAAACUUGUCCGAUCCCUUUUCCAAAAAUAUGGAGAGAGGAUUAGGAUUCCCCUAUCAGCCGCAACUCUGGACCAUACCCGUGGAGUUUGAAGGUUCACGGGCCAUCUUUUUGGCACACAUCGCUUUUUACCGAGUUCGUCCCAGCGUUCGAAUCUUUUUCCUCGUGUUUCUCAUGAUCUACACGAUCCACUCCGGCUACUGGCAAUUCUUUCUUUUCUUCGCGGGCCUGCUUCUCGCUAUCCUCCGAUUUUACGGCAGCGAUGAGACUGCCGACGAUGAAAGCAAUGGCUACGAUUGGCACAGCCUGCCGCACCUAUCGAGCCCUUCAUAUUGGCGACGUGAAGGACUGAGCGGUUUCAAUGCGCCAAUCUCGUUAAUCAAAUCAUCAAAUACCUACGGCAUCUCCAAGAAGUCUCUCCAGGUAGCCUCUUUGAUCGGCGCCCUGUGGAUCUUGUCGUUUCCCGAGGGGAGCGGAAGUGUUACGGUAACUCCAGGCUUUAGAACCCUUUCCUGGUUGACUCCUGCACCAUACGGUGAAGGCGACCUCUUUUGGAUCCCUCUCGCCGCCGUCUGGCUGGUCUUCACUAUUGACCAGUCGCCAUUCAUUCAGCAAUUUUUCACGGGCCGAAUCGUUCAAUAUCUCGGCCGGAUAUCGUACGCCAUCUACCUCAUCCAUGGCUGUCUGCUUUGGCUGUGGGGCUACCAUCUCCUUCAGUUCUUCAGCGCCAUUACCGGAAUCCCACUUGAAGCCAACUUUGGUGCUGGCUGGACUUUUGUCGUCUUUCUUACAACAUGUCUUUUCCUACCAGGUGUCGUCUGCGUGGCGGACUUCGUGCAGAGAUAUGUAGACGCAAAUUCUGUCAGGUUCGCGGCAUGGUUUGAGGGAAAGUUGAUUGAGAAGACAAAGUAGUGUUUGCAAGGUUGAAUAAUGAAGUUCUUAGUGUACUCUUUUAAUACAUUACGAUUUCGUGCGAAUGCACCGCCCACACA